AUGCCCAGGCCUUCACGUGAAUCGUACGGCGACCAAAAGCCCCCAUAUUCAUAUAUUUCGCUUACAGCCAUGGCCAUUUGGAGUUCACCGGAAAAGAUGCUCCCACUAAGCGACAUCUAUAAAUUCAUAACAGACCGUUUCCCCUAUUAUCGCAAGAACACGCAACGCUGGCAAAACUCACUGCGUCACAAUCUUAGCUUUAAUGACUGUUUCAUAAAAGUUCCAAGACGUCCAGAUCGCCCCGGCAAAGGCGCUUACUGGACACUGCAUCCUCAUGCAUUUGAUAUGUUUGAAAAUGGCAGUUUAUUACGUCGAAGAAAACGUUUCAAAUUACAUAAAAAUGACAAAGAUCAGCUAAAUGAAGAGCUAGCAGCACUUGCCAAUCUAAAUCGCUUCUUUUUUACCGCGAAUACCACGCACGGUAUGCCCCCAAUGCCACCAAUGGAUAUGUCAACUGCAACACUGAUGGGUGAUCCCACAUUGUAUAUGGCAAGAAUGCCGCCGGCUGCACCUUCACACUCUCCGCCUGCUUUUUCACAUCAGCAUAGAAACACAAUUUCCCCUUCAACAUUGGCAAUGCACACUGCAUUAGCGACAUCGGCCUCAAUGGCAUGUGUUACUAAUACAUCUGUUCUCUCACCACACACAACUGCUUUAGAUGCCGCUAUGAUCAGCAGUUACCGACCGAAACGUUCGUUUACAAUAGAAAGUCUUAUCACACCCGAUAAGCCCGAUUCGAUAUCAGGUGAAAGUCUAAAUGGUGACGAUCGUACAGAUAUUGACGUGGUCGACAGUAGCAGUGUAAAUGCAGAUGAGGCACCAUAUCGUCUAUUAGAUACUCCUGAAAAACAUUGUCGUUCACCUAUAACCGGCAUCAAUUCUAGCACUGAAGAUCAACGACAAAGACCGCUGCCACCACUGCAUACCAUCACAGCAGCAGCAAAUCUACCCUUCCUGCAUUAUACAACUGGCGUUAAUGUCAAUAAUACGAACUUGAUGUCAAGUCCAAAUGGACCUGCUCCACCUCCGACUUAUGAAUUGCCUGUUCAUCCGUUACUUAUGAUGACAGCACCAAUGGGUAAUCUGCAUCCAUCAUACUAUUCAAAUUUAAGCAUGUCUACGGCUGGUUCUCAUCAUCCCGCCGAUGUACAACACAGACUACGUACAGUGUAG